UUUUAGAGCACAAGAAAUCCAAUAAUAUUAUUUAUUAAUAAUAUAUCAUACACGCAUCAACAUAAGCUUUAACAAUGUCGAUGUAACCUCGCUUCUCCCCCUUACAUACAUACAUGGUCCGUUCCUUUCCCGUUCGAAGCGCAGAGCGGGAGGAAGUAGCUGCUGUGUUGCCGGUUGUUGAUGUUUCUUGGGGAAGAAGAAGCACCACAGGAUGGACAUGGCGACGUGUUUGAAGUCUCUGUUGCUGGCUAUCCAGCAGUACAGAUGCGGCAGGACUGCGCAGAACACAGCGCAGCUCCUGAAACAAGUGGAGGAGGUGUCAGGCCUUAAAUGUGACCAGCUGUUGUCCUCAGGCCAGGCUCUGCCCCGUGAGUGUGUGAGUGGGCUGGUGGAGCUGGCUGGAAACCCAAACACUAGCCCAACCCUGACAAGCUCCACCAUCUCCCUGCUGGCACAGCUAGCCUGUGAUGAUGACAAUCGGGAGAUUCUUCACAGCAGCUACAACCUCACCAGCACCCUGGCGUCUGUCAUCCACUGCCACAGCGCCACACCUGGUGAGCCCGUGGUACUGCAGUGUUUGCAGGUGCUGCAGAAACUGACUUACAACACUCGCGUCUUCCAGUCUACAAACUACAUCCAUGAGCUCAUCACUUUCCUCAUGACGAAUAUCCAGUCUCACAAUGACGACAUCAUCAUGCCGUGUCUCGGCCUCAUGGCCAACCUGUGUCGAGACAACCACUCAGUGCAGAGCCACAUCAAGUCUCUGGACAACGUGAAGCCGUUCUAUCGUACUCUGAUCAACUUCCUGGCUCACAACAGUCUGACUGUGGUUGUGUUCACGCUCUCCAUCCUGGCCAGCCUCACUCUGAGUGAGAAGGUUGGAGAGAAGCUGUUUGAUGCAACAAACAUCCACCAGACUUUCCAGCUUGUGUUCAACAUCCUCGUGAACGGUGACGGCACCCUGACGAGAAAAUACUCCGUCGACCUUUUGGUUGACUUGUUGAAGAACCCUAAGAUAGCGGAUCACCUCACCAGGUACCAGCACUUCUCAGCAUGUGUGUCUCAAGUUUUAGGACUGCUGCAAUCUAAAGACCCCGACUCUGCAGUGAAGGUGUUGGAGCUUCUCCUGGCGAUGUGCAGCGUGUCAGGGCUGCGUUCGCUGCUGUGCGAGGUGGUUUUCAGACCAGCGGCACCCAAACUCAGAGCAGCAGGCCGCCGGCAGGGGGCCGGACCGGACGGUGGGCGCAAAGCCGAGUCCGGGCUCGCCCUGGUGCAGUGGCUGAGCUCGCCUGUGGAGGGCGCUGAGUCCUGCUCGCUCCAGGCCCUGCAGCUGCUGAAUGAGCUGCUCGAGGAGGCGUUGGGAGCAGAGUGUGUGUCUGACUGUGUGCUGAGCUUCGUAGAAAUGUUACUCCCCGUCCUGUUGGGGCUGCUGAGGGGCCUCGACGCUGCUCAGCGAGACGCUCACCUGAGAAAACACUGCCACCGCAUCACACACGUGACCAGCCUGCUGCUCAAUAUCCUUCACCUGCCUGCU